AUGCAGCCCGUCCAUCAGCCCCACCCGUCCCCAAUCAUCCUCCCCUCCUGGCCCUGGGACGAGCCCGAGCCCUGCCUGGCCGGUCGGCCCCCCAAACCGCCAGCAGCAUCUGAACGGUACACAAGCUCGGAGCGAGCCAGUUCCCUCCGCGAUCGGGGCGCGCCAAGGUCUCCCGUCACGCUGGACCGCUGCGGGCAGCAGCAGGGACCCCGACCCCGUCGGCCACCCUCUGCUGCACCCCCCAGGCCGCCCACGGGAAGGAACUUCCAGCCGGGUGAGUCAGCCGGCCGGCCGGGGCAGGAGGCGGCGAGGCUCGGCGACUGCCCGAGGCCCCGUGACCUCACGGCCAGCUCCGCGGGCACCCUGCCCACCGGGCGCGGGGCUGCGGGGUGGCUGGGGCAAGUCUGCGGGGCCGAGCCGCCUCCGCCCGGUCGGGCGCUCUCCGGGACCCCACGGAAGGCGACGCGCGGCCCGGGCACCUGGAGCCGGCCCGGCAGCGCCCACCUCCUGGACGACGGCGAGCGGCCGUCGCUCGGGUCCCGGUGCUGGGCGCGCGGGGAUGCCCGCCAGGGCGAGGCGAGGACGGCGCCGCGCACCUGCCCGCUCUCUCUGUCUCUCUGUCUCUGUCUCCCUCUCUGUCUCGGGGCUCACCUCGCCGCGUCGGUCCAUCCCGGGCGCAGCCUCCCUUUAUCCCGGGCGCAGCCUCGCUCCAUCCCGGGCGCAGCCUCGGUGCCGGCCGGGCUUCGGGCUCGCUCCCAGCCGGGAUGCCGCCCGCCCGGGGCUCAGCCCAGCCCGGCGCCCUCCGGGGUCCGGCGCGGUCCGGCCGGGCUCGGCACGGCCCCGGCCCGGUCCGGUCUCGCCCCCUCCGAGCCCGCCGCACCCGGCCCGGCCCGGCCCGGCGCGCCUCCCUCCGCUCCCUCCGGCCCCGCGGCCCCGCGCGGACACGGCCCUCCCGGGGCGCAGCGCCUCCGGUCCCGCAGCCCAGCCCGGCCCGGCCCGGCCCGGGCGGGUCCCCCCGCCACCUGCUUACAUAAACGCCGCAGCCCCGCGGUCCGGCGCGGUCCGGCGAGCCCCGCGCCCAGCCCAGCCCAGCCCAGCCCGGCCCGGCUCACCUCGCUCGCCUCUCCGCGCCGCCUCGCCUCGCCCGCCCGCCCGCCCGCCCGGGGCUGCCUGCAGCGCGGGGGCCGAGGGAGGCCGGGCGCGCCCCCGACGCCGGCCCAGCGCGCCCCGAGCCAGCGCCGCCCGCACUGCCGCGCGCGCACGCACCGGCGCCGUGACGCACGGAGCCCGCCCGCCCCCGGGGCCGCGCGGCGGGACACCUGGGCACGGCGCGGGCAAGCGGAGGGACGGGACGGGACGGGGCCACCUGGGCAUGGGCACCCAGAGCCCGGGGACGGGGACGGGACGGGGCCACUCUGCGACGGGCGCUCGGGGGCCGGGGGCCACCUGGCUGGGGACGACCUGGCGACCGAGGACUGGGCGCUCGGGGACCGGUGGCGACCUGGGGACGGGGACAGCUAG